AUGCCUAGCACCAAAGAUGAUGAGCCUCAUGUCGAUACCAUCGAAGGAUCGGCCACAAAGGCCCUUGCGCAGGAGGACCAGGCAUACGGAACCGUGCAGCUACUCCAAGGCGGUUCCAUUGUCCUAAUUCCCACUCCUAAUCCUGAUCCCAAAGAUAGACCCUCUCAACCUUCCGACAUGGCACAAGUACCUCAUUAUUUUUUUGUCGGCUCAUAUUCCGCUAUCGCCGUCCUCGUCCCAUCCGGCCUCGGCGCCGUGUUUCCCUCCGUGUUGAAGGAGUAUUCCCCCGAAGACGCCACGCGAGCCACGGACCUCCUUACAUACCCGACGUUGUUCAUGGGAAUCGGUAACCUCUUCUCCAUGCCGCUCUGCGUGACCAUCGGGAGGCGGCCCGUAUUUCUCAUGUCAAUGAUCCUACUGGUCUUGUCCGGGUUAUGGUGCGCUUUCUCGACGUCUCUCAGCAGUCAUAUUGCCGGUCGAAACUUUUACAGCAUCGCCUCUGGUCAGAGCGAAGCGCUGGCACCCUUCAUCAUUGAAGAGAUUCACUUCCUUCAUGAAAGGGGCGCCAAGCUGUCUUGGUUCAUUGGUCUUCAGACGGUGGGGACGGCAGCGAUCAAGGGCGCAGUGGCCCUUGCGGUCGACCUCCCGAAGGUCGUCCUCCAAAUCGUGCCGAAAGGCUACUAUGCGUUUGAGCUAUCUCUAGGUGCCGCUGGCUUGCCCGAGACAGCUAUUGCGCCGUGGGAAGGGUGCGGAGACUUGUACCGCGAGCAAUUUGCGCGGGGAGGCGUGUACGCGGGCGACUUGUUUGACGAGCUUAUUGUCAAGCAUAUGCUGAAGGGUCGCGGUGGGAUCGAGAGCUUCCGCGAGAUGUACGCGCGGCACCCGCUUGCUAAUGCGUGGUGGAAUGAUAAGAGGCCGGAUAUGAAGCGGAUCAAUGUCCCGACGUAUAUCACGGGAACGUGGACGAACACGAUGCAUGGGAUGGGUGCGAUACGGGGUUGGUUGGAGGUGCAGUCGAGCGAGAAGUGGUUGAGAUGGCAUCCGUGGCAGGAGUGGUGCUCCUCGCGGCACGGUCAGGCCACGGGGACUUUAAACAAUAUCACCAACGCUUUAACCACACAGAAGCACUACUCACCUGCUCCUUGGCCCACCCUCUACCCUUACAGCCGCCAGGAGCCCGUAGGACCUAUAGGGUCCCUCGACCGCUACUUCAAGGGGCUAAUCACUGACUCUGAAGGCUUCCAGGCCUUCCUCUACGUGACAGACUUCUUCCAGAAGAUCUGCCCGCGGUACUAG